GGCAUCCCUGCACAAAGCUGGACUUCCUGCUUCUGUAAAUGCAACAUCCACAAGGGGUAUCCUCCGGACUGCCGCACUGCUUGGCACUUGUUGGGGUGCAGCAUAUAAUAGGCGUCUUUUCUCUCUAUUUGGGGACCCCCAUAAGCUGCCAAGACGCCUCGCGCGGUGCUCCGAGUGAAAAAUGGGGCGGCCAAACUGCCCAAGCCCCACUCCGAGCCCGGGGGCGCCCCAGGCAUGUUCAUGGAGAGGUCACAGAGCCGGAUUAGCCUGUCCGCAUCGUUUGAGGCUCUGGCCAUCUACUUCCCAUGCAUGAACUCCUUCGAUGAAGAAGACGGGGAAGACGGACGGAAACUUAAAGGUGCGAUACAACGCAGCACAGAGACUGGAUUAGCUGUUGAAAUGCCAAGCCGAACGGUACGCCAAGCAAGCCAUGAAUCGAUAGAGGACAGCAUGAACAGCUAUGGAUCUGAAGGAAACUUAAACUACAGUGGAAUGUGCCUGGCGUCCGAUGGGCAGUUCGGUGGCUUCCUAUCGGGCAUGGGCCCAGCCCAGUUUGUCGGCCGCCAGACGCUGGCAACGACAUCGAUGGGAGACGUGGAAGUUGGUUUACUGGAACGAAAUGGGCAACUUGAAGUGGAAAUUAUUCAAGCUCGAGGUUUAACGGCGAAAGCUGGCUCCAAAACCCCACCAGCUGCUUACAUAAAGGUAUAUCUGCUAGAAAAUGGAGUUUGCAUUGCAAAAAAGAAGACUAAAGUUGGUCGGAAAUCCUUGGACCCUUUGUAUAACCAGGUGCUCGUGUUCAGCGAAAGCCCGCAAGGGAAAGUAUUACAGGUGAUGGUGUGGGGGAAUUACGGAAGAAUGGAAAGGAAACAUUUCAUGGGAGUAGCAAGAAUACUUCUAGAAGAACUUGAUUUGUCGAGCAUGGUAAUUGGAUGGUACAAGCUCUUUCCAACAUCUUCGAUGGUCGAUCCGUCAACAGGUCCUCUUCUCCGUCAGCCUUCACAGCUUUCUUUGGAAAGCACUGUUGGACCUUGCUGCGAGAGAUCCUAAUAGUGAUGCGUAGGACCAGUGUCGUCUUUUUGAUUUCCCACUAGAAAGGCUUUGUUUGGAUUUCUGAGCUUGAACGUCCCGCAUGUUUGACCAGCUUGACUUCUGGAAGCUGACCG